CAUGGAUUGAAUUAAAAUGUUUGUAUGUUUCAGAUAGAGCAGCUGCAUUCCAGUGACAACCUGGGAACAGUUCUGCGAAAUUUGGUGGCAGAAGUCGAUGAUAAGAGCCCGGCAAACGGCCAGGGCUCAUACGUAGAUCUUGAUCCGGGUACAAUCAUAAAGAUUGCCCAGAUCCUACGUAAACUGAACGCAAACAGCGUAACUAUGACGACAGAAAACCAUGGGACCAAUAAAGCCUCCUCUGCUAGCCUGGAAGUAGUCUCAGGAGAGACCCCAGGCAGAACUCAAGCGGGUGGGGAGAGGGCACAAAAGGCCACGGCUGAUGGCCGUAACUUAACGCUGUCCAAACAGGAUAGCUUAUAUUUGAUGAAGAAGAUAAGGGACUUCGAACAGAAAUGUAAACCCUUACAGGAAAAAAAUAAGAAAUUUUUGGAGAAGAAUAUGGAGCUAACUACGUUAAAUAGGGACUUAAAGGAACAGAUACGCACCAUAAGUGACGAAAACAGGAAGCUGAAAGAAAAUCUAGAUCAAGCCAGGCGGAAAUGUAGCGUUUUGGCACGGCAACUAAAUGAAGAGAAAUUGGAGAAAGGAAGCCUGGAGAUUCAGGUGGAGGAGAUUGGAAAGCUACGCGCAGAGAUCUCCGAGCAAGCUAAAACUAUAACAAACCUUAAACACGCUUCAGCUGAAAAGGACAGAAGAAUGGAGGUGUUACAGCAUAGAAAGAAAAGACGUCUAAGGAUGUCAGCAGAACAUUUGUCAAGAUUGAGCAGUCCAUGCAGCAUAGAAGAAGAGCCUUCACAUGACUCAGAUCUCUCAUUGUCAUCAAUGUCAGUUGGAACCUUGUCUGAUGAUGAUUUAUUAGAGGAACUUCCUCAUGAUGAUGUAGAAAAAAUAGAGAAAAACUACAAGAAAUUGAUGAAAGAACAGCUGACUCUACAGAAAUCAACAGCCCAACUUCAGAACAUCCUAGGCUGGAGAACUGACUCACAGAGAUAUGUCAAGUCUAAACUAGAUUUUGAGACAGACCUGUAUAUUGCUCAAUGUAAGAUUGAGAAUCUAGAGGAGUGCCUUAGUAAAUACAAGGAGUAUGACAGUAGCUGGGUAUUUGAGAAAGAUCAGUUGAUUCAAGAGAAGGAAGUACUCACCUCUGAGAACCAAUCACAAAUUAAACAGAUAGCAAAGCUUAAAGAAGAUCUAAGGGAGACUACUCAGACAUAUGAAGAACUGAAGGAGCAAACAGAACACCUAGAGUUCUUGGUCCUGGAGACACAGGAAAACAAGAUUGAGCCAGUACAUACUGUAGAUGCCAGUACUGAAACUGAAGAUGAACAUGUGCUAGGAUUCUAUCAAGUUGAAGAACAGGCAAGUGAGCUUGUAUCCCUAUGUUGUAAAGAGGCAGCACUACGAGUAAAGUUAGAAAUGUCCGAGGCACUACAAGAUGAGUACAGGGCCACUAUCAAUGGCCUUGAGGAGAAACUGGCAAAACUUCUUCAAGGUCAAGGCUCAGAGGUUGCCACGGUGAUGCAACAAUUGAAACAGGCUGAACAGCAUGUCAUCGAUGCUAUUGAAGUUGAAAAGAGCAUGCAUGAGUUAGAGGGCAAGGUUUCCCUGCAACAACAACAACUCUCUGGGUUAUCUGAGAAGCUUGAAAAAUGUGAAAAGGAAAACUCUGGGUUAGUUAAGAAGCUUGCACAAUAUAGAGGAAAGCUGGACUCACAAGAACAGUCUCUGGCUCUAACAAGAGAUGAAAGGGAAGAACUUCUUCAGGUUAAGCCUAAACAACAGGGUAGUGUUUUGAAUAAUCGUCUAAAACUAGCAGAGAUGGGCCUAGGUGCACUUCGUCAGAGAUCUCUAGAACGUGAGGGAUCUCGAGAGCGAAAUAACAGCCCAUUAAUAGAAUCACCAACGUCACCUGGAUCUGUGUCAAACAAUAGACUGUCUCUUUCUGGAACCGGCAAAACUGCAAACCAGUCAGAAAAACAGAAAACUUUGGAGACGGAAAAUGGGAAAGAGACAGACGUUCAUUUCGAGCAGUUAGAGGCAAAUAUGGAAUACAUAGAACCAGUCAACUAUGAUAAUUUAGAAACAAAACGACCACGAAUAAACAGUAUGCCGAUGAUAAGCACAGGUCGCUCCGGAAUUUUCAGCGAAGUUGACAAACUUCAGAGGCAGAUUCAGGAUCUUCAAGAUGAAAAUGACGUUCUUAAGUUCGAACUUAUGCAGAAAGGUCAUGGCGAUUCAGAUUCAUCCGGAUCUGACUCCGAAGACUCAAGAGUUGCCGAACUUCGAGAAACUUGUGAAAAUCUCCGCGAGAGGCUGCAGAGUGCCGAAGCCACAGAACGUCAGUGUAAAGACCGUUUAAAACUUGCAGAAAAACAUAUAACAGAACUCGAGCUUGCUGAAACAGUCCUAAGAGAUCGUGUAGAAGAAGGAAACAUCGACUGUGAUAAACUACGCAAGCAGAUUGUACGUCUACAAAGAAAAAUACGGGAAUUAAAGGAAAUCAGCUCUGAUAAAGAUGCCAAUGAACAAGCUCUUCUUGAAAAGGUGAAAUAUUUGGAAGAUGCUGAGGCACAACUUUCGCAAAAGGUGACAGAACUUGAAGGAACAAAUCAACUACUCAGACAAAGGCUUGAUGUGAGGGACGAACUUACUGCAGACGUACAACUUGUUGAGACUUUAACUGUGCAAGUUAAAACUCUACAAACUGAAAAUAAUCUCCUAGAAUCCAAAAUGAUUGACCUCGAGGAGAAUAAUGAACUUUUAAGAGAUAAUUGGAAGAAAGUUGCUGAUGAGGAAGCUAAUAGAAGAGAUUGUAUGGAAGAUAAGAUCAGACUUCUUGAAGCAGCAAACAAUGACUUGAAAGCAAAAUUAAAGGAAAAGGAUGACAUGGAAGAGAGUUCUGGACCAUCUAUAGCUACAGAGAUUCAUGAUGACACUGUUAAACAGUUAAAUAAAAAGAUACAAGAACUUGAAAGUGAACUUGAAAAAAUGAGACUUGAUAAAGAUGAAAAAAUUGUGUCACUGGAAAAUUUGUUGCAUAAAUCUGAAACUGAUAGAAAUGAACUGAAAGAAACUGUUUCUAAAUUAGAGGAUGCUGAAAAUGAUUUACGAAAAGAAAUAUCUAAACUGAAGGAAGAAAAUGAUGAAAGUUCAAACAAGGCUAUUUUAGAAAAAUCUGAAAAUGUUGAUGCAUUAUCUGAACUGAAAGCAUCUCAUGACAAUUUGGUAGAAAAUUUAGCAUCCAUGGAGAAAAAUGAAGAAAAUUUAAAAGAAAAGAUAAGUGAAAUGGAAAAAGUGCAUGAAAAGAAAAUUGCAACUCUAAAACAUGAAAUUGCAGAGUAUCAGCAGCAAGAAGAUGAUUUGUGUACCAGGAUUGAAGAACUCGAGGAGAAUGAAGCCAAAUUGAAUGAAAAGAUAUCGAAGUUUAAUGAAACUGAAAUGAACUUUAAGAAUAAAAUUGAAGAGCUUGAAAACAGAGAAACUAGUCUUACCAUUGGAUUUUCUCAGAGAGUGGAGGAAUUAGAAAGGCAUGAAAGAGAAGUUACAGAGAAAUUGCAGUCCAAAAUUCAAGAUCUUGAAGAUCACGAAGCAGAGUUAUCAAAGGAAAAUGAAAAACUUUCUAAUGAAAAUUUGGAACUUAUUGAAAAGAUCAACACACUUGAAAAGCAUGAAAAAGAACUGUCUGAAAAAUCAGAAAGGGCAGUAAGAGAGAUUUCACCACCUGAUCAAGAAAAUGUUGAACUUGUACAUGUUGAUUCUGAUCAUGAUGUUGCCUCACUUGAAGUUCAUGAUAAAUAUAAAAGUUGUGUAAAAUUAGAGAGUGAAGCUAGUAUUAGUGUUCCAGUUCAGAGUAAAAACCAAAACCCUGAGCAGCUUCAAAUUGACAAUCAAAACUUAACUGAAGAAAUAUCAAAACUAAAAGCUGUGAUACAAGAAGCUGAAAAAGAACAAAAAGCUCUUGAAGAUAGGUUGAAAAGACAAGAAAAGAAAAGGAAACGAUCAGAGAGAGCAGAUAAUGUGGAUGAUUAUGAUACCAUAGCUAGAGAAGUGGUAACUUACAAACUUGAAGUAGAACAAUUGAGAACAGAAAAUACUGAUCUUCAUGAAAGGCUUAUGGAAUUAGAUGAAUCAGAGAAAUGCUUACUGGAAAAGAAUGAACAGUUGAAAGCUGACAUUGAACAGAUAAAAAAUGAUAAAGAAUCAUCUGACAAUGGAAAUGAUGAGUUGAACAUUUUACAAAAACGAGUGUUAGAACUUGAAGGCAUAGAAAGAUCCUUAAAAGAAAAGUUAGAACAGGGUACAAGUGUAAAUGAUGAAAGUGACAAUGGUGCUGUAAGGGAACUUGUUAAACAGCAAUCUUCUGAUUCAGCUUACGAAAGUAGCAGAGAUGUAUUAAAAGAAACAGCUGAUAAAAGUAUUGGAACAGGAGAUUUUAUGGAAGGUGUAAUGGGCGGACAAGAUCAGGGAAGAAGGGUGUCAAGUAUGUUUGAAAGAACCCAAUUUCUUGAAACAGAAAAUCAGGAACUUGCUACAAGACUUAGUUCAUUGACAGCAACUGACACCCAGGUUAGACAGCUGUCAGCUAAAAUUAAAUCUUUAGAAGAAAACGAAGAUUCUUUGAUGGAAAGAGUUAUGGAAUUAGAGGAGGAAGAAGAUAGGUUGACAAGGGAGUUAAAUAAAUUAAAAAAGAGCACAUCUUCUGUUGAUGAGCUUGAAGAAGAACUGUCUGCCUUGCAAGAAAAUGAACAAGAGCUGAACAGCACUAUAGAAAGCUUAAAGGGUGAAAAUGAUGCAUUGAAGAAAACUAUGCAGAGUUCUUACAGUGAAAAGGGUGAUAUAGCUAUAAGAUUAGCAGCUGUGCAGAAAAUGUAUGAUGAUGAAAAGAAAAAAGUUGAAUCUUUACUGAAGGGUGAAGAAAGAUGGAUGAAGAGUGUGUCAUCUGAAAAGAAAGCUGUGAAAGAAAUGGAAGAAGAACUUGCUAAUACUCAGGAAAAAUUAGAAGAGUUACAGACUGAAUAUGAAAAUAAGUUGUCAGAAAAAGAUGAAAGAGAGAAAGUUUUAAAGGAUGAGAUAAAUAAAGUAUGCAGAGAUAAAGAAAUGUGGAAGAAAAAGUUACAAGAAUAUGAGAAAUCUAAUUCUGAACUGGAAGAUGAAAUUGAGGCAUGUAAGAUAUCAGAAUCUCGUAUGUUCCAUAGACACCAGCAGCUUAUCACUCAGAAUGAGGAACUGGAAUUAAAAUUGUCUAAACUAGUCAAACUUUUACCUAACUCUGAAGCAAACUCUGUUGAUAUAGUCAGUAAAAAAUCUGAACAAAUAUUAAUGGCAGAAAAUCCAGAAGUGGUCAUUGAGACACCAUUGACUCAAAGUAUCUUUAAUGAAUCUGAGCUUGAGCUUUUAAGAGGUAAAACACCAGAUACUGAGCUCUUAGGCUCUGUUCCUCUAGACAUGCUUAGAAAAAUUCAGGACUUUGAUAAGCGUGAACAAGAAUAUCAGGUCAAGAUACAAGACAUUGAAGCAAAAAAUUCAAAACUAGUCAAAAAAGUGAAAGUGUUACUUGGAAAAGAAAAAGACUUGAAACAUGAGAAUAAGGAACUGCAAUUAGAGUUGCUGAAGAAACAAAAUCGGAAUUCAAGUUUACGUGCAUCAACAUCUAGUCUAGAUAUGGACAGAUCAGGGUCAGAGGAAGGAUUGGACCUUGAAGGUCUAGAUGGUGCAGAAGAUGAGGAAAUAUUUGAUACGGAGAAGAAACCUGAAUCUCAGUAUGAUGAAAUGACCCAUGAGGAAUUGUUGCUGUCAGUGAAGUUACAGGACGAGAAGCUGCAUCAAGAUACUAGGAAGACGGCCGAAUUUGAAGGCUGGAUGAAAGAUGUUUUGGAACAAAUCAAAAGUCUUGUAACAUUGGAAUCAAUGGAAAUAUUUGUACAGAAUGUUGAGUCAUUGAAGUUGACUGUUGAUAGUCAGCACCAGUCACAGAUUGUUCAGCAGAUGGUCAUUGAAGUAUUAGAUAGUGUAACCAGUCUAAAGCAGAGAAUGGAAGCCCUGCAGUCCAGUGAAGAAAAAUUAAGAAUAUCUCUAGCAGAGAAUGAGUUAUCUACAGAUAAGCUGCAUCGUCAAUCUUCAGAAAAAAUAGAACAGUUAGAAGCUCAGAUUCAUGUCAUGGCAAAAUUAUCUCAAAAAUACCAGGUUCAUUCACCAGAAAACCAAGUUGAAAUCGGAAUUCAGUCUUGUCUAGAAGAGCGCCCUCUAUGGGAUCAUCUUGAGGGCCCUAACAACAGAUUUACCUCCCCUGUCAGGCAGUUUCAUCUAGAGACAUCAAAAACCAUCAAUAUCGAUGUUCCACCAUCAGAAAGGGUUCCAACCAUACAGUGUUUAGGUUAUUCGGAAACUGUAAAUGUGAAUGUACCUCCAAGUGCUCGUGUACAAGCCGAGGAUGACCGAUAUUUAGACAGAUACUCCGGCUACGAUUACACAGAUUCUCCCAUGAUGAUGGACAAAGCAGAAGACGUCCUCCGUCAAAGGAUCCGGGAGUUGGAGAAACUUGAAAAACAUCUGAAACAACAGGUAUCUGAUUUAGAAGCUGAUAGGGAGGAAUUACAUGGUAUUGCUCGUACUGACAAAAAUCUCAUCCAUGAACUCAAUGUGCGGCUACGUGAACUUCAGCUGUCUCAGAGAAAUCUUCAGGAGCAAAUCAAAAGGUUCGAAACCAGCGAAAACUCUCUAUAUGCUCGUCUGGACGAGCUUGAAGGUGAAAUGGAUAAUAAGGAUGACCGCAUCAGAGAUUUAGAAAUAUUAGAACAAAGGCUGAAAGAUUUAGUGAAGCAAUACAAACUUGAUGAGAAGAUUUUGCAGACAAAAUCGCAAUCUCUUGAGUCAUCUGUGAAGGAAAUGAGUGAAAAGGAAGAAACACUGAAGCAAAAGGUUCAAAAUUUAGAAACUGAAAAAUCGGCUUUCUCAGAAAGAUCGGAAUAUUUACAAACGAGAUUAAAAGAACUUGAAGGUGCAGAGACAGAUUUGGCGCACAGAGCGAAAAAUCAAGACAAUAUAAUGCAAACUUUACAGAACACUGUGAUAGAAUUGGAAACCUUUGGUGCUAAUGCUCAUGCAAGAGUUGUUGAAUUAGAGCAUAUUAAUUUCGAUCUCCAGCAAAGGUUACAUCACUCAAUGACGGAAAAUUCUCCUCUGUCGAAACGUACGUCCACCUUACAACAGCAUUGCGAUAGUAUGGAAAACGAAUUAAGUGCUUUGAGAGACAAGGAGGUUCAAUUACAACAGGAGAAUGAUGCAUUGCAGAAAAAUGAGAUUAGUUUACAGCAGGAGUUGAAGAAUCUACGUAUGAAUGAAGUCGCUCUAGAAGCGAAGGUUCGGGAUCUGGAGGAAUGCGACUCGGUUUUGAAAGAUAAGCUGAGUAAACUUCAGAGGAGUGAGAAUACGCUGAAGUAUCGAGUACAAGAACUGGAAACAUCGGGAAUACAGGCACCGUCGGACCUUAAUUCUAGUCAAAGCAGUAACAUGAAGUUGCCAAGAACCCUAGAAGAAUGUCAGAGACGUAUCAUAGUUCUACAGUCCAAUAAUGCAGAGCUGCAGUCGCGUCUGCAGCAACAGGAUAUGGAUAUUUCGGGAACCAGUCCACAGGAAGUGAAAAUGGGCUCCAGGGGCAUGGUUUCUCUGCCACAAGCAGAGUACCAGACCUUACAGAGGAAGUUGAAGGUAAUGGAGCAGACAGAGAACCAGUUAGAACAGUCCGAUCUUUUGAACACACACUUACAAGAUACUGUUGCACAGUUGAGGGAGGGAAAGGAUGUCUGUGGCCAUGAAGUAGAAAUUGAGGUUCUCAGGAAUCGUCUUGACCAGGCUAAUAAGUCAGUCAAGAUACUGCAGAGCCCUAGAACUGGGCAGUGGAUAGGACAGGGGCCAAAUGUAGCACAGCCUGGUAGCGGUCGGUCUCCACAGAGAGAGGAAUUUAUAAAUGAUCUUGUCGGCCAUCUUGAUGGUGGUGAGGUAGAGGAGACCUUGACCAAGACUACCGCAAACGGUGCACAGUUAUCAAGACCUCCAGGACAGAAAUUGUCCCGUGAUCACAUGAUAGAAGAUUUACUACAGAGUUUACAGUCCCCGAGUCCCACGGGGAUGGAAGAUGAUCACUGGCGCGAAAUCGAGACGCGCAUGGAGGCAUCCGGCAGAGGAGGCGAGCAGUGGAUAAGCGUCGGCAAGGCGACAAGUUUGUACGCAGCCGACCCCACUGCUAUUAAUAGAAAUAGAACCCAUGGUAAAAAUGAGGAACUUGAGCUAGGUUUAGCUCUUCAGUCAGAAACUGAAAGUCACAUAUCUCAGAAUGACACAGAUUCAGGUCGCUAUGGUGAUAGGAUUUCACCGCAUUUACAGCGACAUACUCAGGCCCCACCACUCCCCCAAUUGGACUCCGGGGGAGGCAGUGAAGAAUUUCAGAUGAUAUUGCGACAUAUUGGUCAGACUCGUACUGUACCAAGUGUAACAGGAAGUGUAGCCGACAGUGGACGAGGGACUGCCUCGAUGUCCAUAGCAACUAGUGGAAUGACAUUAAGAGAGAGAAUAGCAUAUAUUGAAAGACAACUUUCGGCCCGAGAAUCAGACUCGGCACGUGAAAUGAACGGAGAGAUGGAUCUAACAUCGUGGAAGACACGAGUACAUGAUAGCAAUAGAAGACUGGAAAUUGCUGAGAAGGAAAACAAACAUUUUAAAGACGAGAUAAACAAGUUAGAGAAGGAAUUAGAGGAAAAGACCCGGAUUUAUUUGAUACUGGAAGCUUUCCUCAAGUCUGUACGAGUAAUCAUAGCAGACAAGAAUGGUGAAAAUGAGAAAGAACUGAUAAUUAAACUAGAGACUGAGGUAGAAAAGGUCACCUCCAAUAUGGAGGAUGGAGGUCAUCGUCCUGACGACAUCAGUCAUGACCCAGCCGCUCUUAAUACAGAGCUUGCCAAGAAGGAUAGGGAACUGAAUGCCAAGCGGAAUGAGGUUGAUAGUUUAAUGCGUGAGCUCCGCCAGUGGCAACAAGAAUGCCGCUCUAUCGAGGACAUGAGGUCCAAUGCCCUAGACUCCUUGCGAGGCCUCGAGGUGGAAAUAUCAGAAUUACAAGUGGCUGACAAACAACUGAAGGACCUCAAAGAUGAUUAUAACACCUUGAAAGGACAGUUCAUUAAACUUGUGGAUGCUUACAAAAACUUGGAACAUGUUCGUCAAAAGUUUGAAGAUUUAACCAAGGAGAGAGAUGAUUUUGACAUUGAGGUCACAGGUUUAAAGUCCAAGGUCGCCUUGCUUGAAGGUCAACUAGAAGUCAUGGAAGCAUCCAACAAGGAGAAAGUUGACCUUGAGGAGAAGGUCAUAGAGUUGAAAGGUCAAUUGUCUGAAUAUGAAAAAGUUGAGAUUGAAAAAUCAUCUUUAGAGAAAAAUCUUGCAGCUAUUACUGAUCUUCUUAAUGAAAGGAUGAGAAAAGUUGAAAGUUUGACCGAGGAAGUUUUUGAGCUGCGUAAAAAGACGUCAACUAUGGAUCGAGACAACUACAAGUUACGACAACAGUCCCUCUCUCCCCGGAAUAUUCAGAUCCCGCCUUUACCAAAUAACGUCAUUAAACAUCGGGCAAGUCUAUUUAUAGACAUGGACACCUGUCUUGUGAUUUGGGCACUCAGUUUUAUCAUUUUUAGUUUCUUUAUUUGCACAGUUUUAGGCAUGACCGAGGACGGAAAGAAAGUGCAGACAGCUCCGUUACGUGCCAGGAUUGUUCAGCUUACUAAUUUAUGUAACGAAAAAGAUAUUUUAAUCAAAAAGCUUGUUCAGGAAUUGAAAAGGUUAAAAUCAGGUGACCGAUCAUCUCCGCUUGUUGAAGAACUUUGUCGUCUUGAAAACAAAUCAGAUCACAAUCACAAUGUCCUUGGACGAUCAUCAUCGCAGUCUUCCCUCGAUAGUAUCGAUCGUAUGUCAGUUGUAAGUGACACAGAAUUAAUACGUGAACAUAAUCCACGUCACGCCCCACGACCCAGAUCGGCUGACAUUCAUAACCAGCAAAGAAACACAAGUCACAGGCACUCGUAUCAUGGCAGUACAAAUCUACCUCGUUUUUCACGCAACCACCAAAGUUCUUCACCUUUUUAUAGAGGGUCUGGUAUGAAAAAUAGCAGAUUCAAUAUGGGAAUGCAUUCACCCCACCCACCAACACAUGGACAUGGAAACUUACAUGGAAAUGAUAGUGGCGAUGAAAUGUUCAGGACUACACAAUAUGUAGCAAUAGCAGACUAUGACCCUUCUAUGUUUUCACAAAGUGGUCAUCCCCGAUUGGAACUCUCCUUAAAAGAGGGGGAUAUAGUGCUAGUUAAUGGACCUCUCCUUGACAAUGGUUAUGUUGAGGGAGAGGUUAAAGGUCGUGUAGGCCUGGUACCAAUUAGUUACCUUGAACCGUCAUCACCACACAGAAGUGCUAGAAAUCAGCGCAAGGCACCGGGGCACCUGAAUGCUAGUCCAGAAGUGAUUGCCCAGCUUUAUAGCAGUCUUCAUGGAGCCCACCAAUCAGACAUGCAUGGUCUAACAAAUGGGUUUCCAAGCCAUCAGUUGCCAGGCAACCAGAGACAUAUGCCUGUUGCUACAGCAACCGGGCCACCUGCUGCCCCUGAAAACUUCCAUGUGGAGAAAAUUAUUGGAAACAGUAGUCUUAUGUUAGCAUGGGAACCAGUUCCCCUUGAUAAUACUGGAACCAGCAAUGGGGUGAAGGUCACUGGAUACAAGAUAUAUAAGAACAAUAAGGUGAUAGUUCAGCCUAGGGGAAGACAGGCAUCAAAGGCAAUCAUAGAAAACAUUAGUAUUCAGUCUCACCACAGAUUUGGUGUACAGACGGUCGGAGCAGACGGCCAUGUGUCCGAGUUGUCGGAAAUCAUGUACGAAGGGGUUGAAGAAGUUGCGAGUGAUGAAAAUAGCGAUACCGAGUCUGAAAUGGAUAUGGCUACAGUUCUUAAUGUGGACGAUUAUAAAAAUGGUCCAAGACGCAUGUUCAUGGGUAUAUACGACUAUGAUCCCACAAAAAAUUCUCCGUACGACCAUCCAAGCUGUGAGCUAGCGUUCAACGCAGGUGACAUCAUCACUGUUUAUGGCCGACAAAGAGGGGAUGGCUUCUAUUACGGAGAGAUAAAUGGUGUGCGUGGACUUGUACCAACGUUCUUCAUUGAGGAAAUGCCACAACCACCGCCAAGGACAAAAAAGAUGGCAAGAAGUAAACAAAACAACAAGGAGAACAAAACAGAGACAAGAUGACCUUGACCUUUGAUUUUACUGUUACCAUGGCAAUGACAUAAACAUUGUUAAGAAUGGUUUUAUGUAUUCUUAGAAGUUAUUAAUUGUAAUCAGUAUUUACUGUGUAGAACCAAACUAUAAGGGCAUUAUCAUAAUUGUCAUGAUUUUUUAUGCUCAUUCUACAUGUAGGAAAAUGUAACUCUCAUGCCAGUUGUGAUAGUUAUCUCCCUUUGUAAAAAAAACAACAGAAAUCCACCAUUACAGUGCUUGAUUUUUACAUUUUAAUUUUUUUUAAUUUCUGUCGAAAAUGGGCAGAAGUAUUAAAUAUUUCACUAUCUUUUAUAAUAGUCACCAUUACUUUUAGGGGAAAUAUCAUAUAUCUUAGAACUACAACAAUUUGUGUGCAAUUUCAGUUGCCAAGCAUUUAAUAACCAGUAUUUUACUUUUAACAUCAAAGGUCAAGGUCUUUUAAGUUUCGUGACCUUUUUAAUAAAGGUCAACUGUUAAGGAAAAAAAAAGAGAAAAACAAUCUUGGAAAUGUAGUUUUUAGAUUAGUGUUUUUUGUAAUUAUGUACAACUGCAAUAGUAGAAGAUUUUUAAUUUAACAUGUGACACAUCUUAGUGAUUGUUAUUUAUAUUUUUUAUAACAUUGAAAACUGCAGAGCUUAUUAAAAAUGCAAUUUAUAAACAUAGAA